UUAACCACAAUUGAUCUUUAUAAUAAAUGAGAAAAUGCCCCAUAUAUAAAGCCCAUCGUGCUCUUUUCUAAGGACAACCAAAACAAAAUAACCAAUUAUAGUAUAACUGCUCAAGUCAAAGAAAGACUACUCUUUCUUCCUUUUCUCUAAUUCACCGAAAAUGUUCAGAAAUGCUUCAAAGAAGAGUAACCACAACAACACUCGUCUCUAUGACGUUCUUGGAGUUUCAAACAACGCUUCCCCUGAUGAUUUGAAGAAGGCAUACAAAAAAGCUGCCAUGAAAAACCACCCCGACAAGGGUGGUGAUCCUGAAAAGUUUAAGGAGGUGGGUCAGGCAUAUGAGGUUUUGAGUAACCCUGAGAAGCGUGCAUUGUAUGACGAGUAUGGUGAGGAUGGGCUCAAGAACGGAAUGGGUUAUGAUGAUGACUUCAUGAACGAUGCUGACCCUUUUGAUCUCUUCAACAGUUUCUUUAAUGGUAAUGGAUUCAACAAAAGAAGUGGAAAGAAACGAAGUGGAGAUAUUGUUAAGCCUCUGAGAGUUUCUUUGGAGAAUCUUUACUUGGGUACUUCCAAGAAAAUCUCCAUUUCAAGAAAUGUAAUAUGCUCCAACUGUAAUGGGAAGGGUUCCAAAUCGGGAAAUUCAAUCAUCUGUAGUGGGUGCCAAGGGAGAGGAAUGAAGGUGAUGACAAAGCUGUUGGGGCCCAACGUGGUACAACAGUCUCAGAGUGUAUGUAAAGAUUGUAAAGGGAAUGGUGAAAUAAUUUCUGAGGAUGACCGUUGUUCCACUUGCAAAGGGGAAAAAGUUGUUCAAGAAAAGAAGAUUAAAGAAGUCAUUGUUGAUAUAGGCAUGCAGAAUGGACAGAAGAUUACAUUCUCUGGUGAAUCUGAUGAAGCUCCUGACACUGAACCAGGAGAUGUCGUUUUUGUCAUAGAACAAAAGGAACACCCUAAGUUUAAGAGGAAUGGGGUUGACCUUUUCUAUGAUCAUACUUUGAUUCUUGCUGAAGCAUUGUGUGGCUUUCAGUUUGUAUUGACUCAUUUGGAUGGUCGUCGUUUGCUCAUCAAAUCCAACCCCGGUGAAGUUGUCAAGCAUGAUUCGUACAAGGUAAUCAGUGAGGAGGGAAUGCCAAUGUAUGGGAAGCCAUUCAUGAAGGGAAAUCUGUACAUUCAUUUUAAUGUGGAGUUUCCAAAUUCCAUGAGCCCUGAACAGGUUAAGGCAUUGGAAACUAUUCUGCCUCCAAAGCCAUUGUUGUCUCAACAAGUUUCGGAUAUGACGAUAGAGGAGUGUGAGGAGACAACACUGCAUGAUGUCAACAUUGAGGAGGAGAUGCGGCAAAAGCAGAAUUUUCAGAGUGAAGCAUACGAAGAAGAUAAUGGCCGAUUUGGCGGCCAGGGAGUGCAGUGUGCCCAACAAUGAGUAUAUUUUACAAAAAAAAAAUAAAAAAAUAAAAAAAAUGAAUGCAGUGUACAGUGCUGUAUACAGCAAUGAGAUAAGGAAUGGUUUUUUUUUUUUUUUGUUGAAA